UAACUAGAUCAGCCGUUAUAGCUAUUCCUACUUUAUCUUUCAAUAAGCCAAAUGCUCAUAUGGCGUGUGAACGUUGGCUUCACGCAAGGCUGGACAAUUUACGCGCAAAGAGUGUAUUUGACCAGAGAACAGAGUGCGAGCAGUUACCACAGAAGUUAGAAAAGAGUUUUGUGGAUUUUAAUGCGAAAGAAAAAAAUAUUCGCGGUGAAACUUUGAUUAUGUCUGUGAUAAGGUAUGAACCAGACAAGGCAAACCAGGUAAGAUAUAUAAAUUUAUUAAUCCGUUCUGGAUGUGAUCCGUCAGAGCCGGAUGAACGACAGCUGCGUACUCCACUAAUGCUAGCUUGCUUGAUGAGGAACGAUACAGUUGCAUAUCAUCUUAUCCGUCAAAACGUGGAUCUUACUGCUGCCGAUAAAAUAGGCAAUACAGCAUUGAUGUAUGCAGCAAUGUAUUCACAGUCAUCGUUGCUGAAUUUUCUCGCUGAACAGCUUUCAAGGAAAUGGUGCAUCGAAGCAUUUCGUGUGAAAAAUUUAAUGGGUUAUACCGCCGAGAGUUUGGCGCGCAAAAAUGAACGAUACAUGUUCUCAAUGUAAUA